AUGGAUAGAGGUCACCGCUACCCAUAUAAUGCUGUUGUAUGGAAUAAGCUUCUGUCUAGCAAAGUUCAGAUGUUUACUUGGAUUCUCAGUCUUAACAGAUUGAAAACUAAAGAUAGAUUAGCAGCUCAGGGUUGGCUGGCAGACACCAACUGCCCCUUCUGUGAUGACCAUGAGUCCCACGACCACCUUUUCCUAUCAUGCAACUUCUCCAAGCAGAUCUGGGUUCCAUGGCUAUCUAAAAUUGGUAUUAUCUCUCUCCCCACAAGCAUCAACCACUGUCUCUCUAUCUGUUCUGACAAGUCCCUCCACUCAUCCGUUAGACUUCUAUGGGGCUUCAGUUUUCCUACGUCUUCUACGCCUCAGCAUAUCAUCAACCAGGCGGUUCACUUUCUUCUUUUCUGGACAGGUGUCUCCUCUUCCAAGAAAGCUAGUAAGUUGAACAAGCUCAUCUUUAGCUCGGGGCUCCCCGAUAUUGCAGAAUCAAGUGCAGAUAGCAAUGGUCUUCCUAUCCCUCAUGGGUAG